AUGCUUCUAGUCCACCAAGCCGGCAGCGUGAAGGUCGGCGAGAUCGUCCGCUAUACUCUCACCUACACCCCGAGCAACGACCGCAUCCUACCAACUCCGUCGCAUCUGCAUGUAAAGAUCAAGAACACAUGCGCUGUGCCAUUACGUGCGGCCUGGCUUCACGGCCCAUACGUGCUGCAUGUCGCGACAUACCCGGCAACAUUCAACCCGCAUAAGAAGGUCGAAGAACCGAAGAAGUAUGGCGUGCCGGACUAUGAGCCGAUGCUCAAGGCCGGCGGCAGCUGGCAAACGAAGCUGACAAUCCCGGAGGAGAUACGUCAGACGGGUGCGGAUGCUGGUAGAGGACGGUGGAGCUUUGAACAAGGUGACGACGGGCAAAAGCGCGAAAGAAAGAGCGUAACGUGGAUUAUUGAGGUUACUUCGCAAAUCUUGUUCAGUACUUCAGCGUCGGUGAACUUCGAAGUGCUUGUCGGAAGAGAUGAACGAAGCCUCGAGCUUGGCUUUGCCGCAGUAGCGGGUCACGGACACGGCUCGCCAGGUCAGAUCAAGGAGCAACAGACUUCGGAGAAGGAGCGAAGAAGGGCGAGACGGCACGGCAACGUACAGACUGCUGGGGUCUAUUCAAAAGCUGUGAGACUCGUGGCAGAGGAUACCGAGACGCUGUGGGAUAAGCCUGCGCUACCAUCAUCAGAGCACGAGCUGCACGAGAAUGCACCAGAAACCCACUCAGAGUCUAAGCAGAAGAAGAAAAGGACGAUUCAUCUCGUCGUGGUGACGCACGGCCUGCAUAGCAAUGUAGGUGCUGACAUGCUUUUCCUGAAGGAGUCCAUCGACGCCACCGUAAAGCAAGCACGAGUGGAGGCUAAGCAGCGCAGGAAGCGCUAUCGUGAGGAGGAGCACAAAGCCAAAGAUGCAGAUGGCUCGAAGACUGGCGAAACUCGGACAGAGCGCGAGGGUCAGAAGCCGCAAGACACUUCGACAGCCCCUCUUUCGGGCGGCCAAGAAGACAUCGAGGGCGCCGACGAGGAUGAUGACGAAGAACAGACGAUUGUUCGUGGCUUUAUGGGCAAUACAGUACGCACUGAGAAUGGGAUCCAGUAUCUGGGAAAGCGGCUUGCUAAGUACAUUCUACGUUUCACCUAUCCGGAUCAACCGUUCUUACCGGUCAAAAAGCCAUUGUCGCGCACCUUAACCGAUCCGUUCAAAAGCGAAGCGAACAAGAAUCAGCGCGAUGGCCUGCCUUCGCACUCACACAGCAGCAUACAUCAUCCCUCUAGAGCACCACCAACGGCAGACGAUCUACCCUACACCUUCACGAGCAUAUCUUUCAUCGGACACAGCUUGGGCGGGCUCAUUCAGACUUACGCAAUUGCCUACAUUCAGAAGCACAGUCCAACGUUCUUCGAGCAAAUCAAGCCUGUCAACUUCAUCUGCAUGGCUGCGCCCAUGCUUGGUCUGAGUAACGAGAACCCACUUUAUGUCAAAUUCGCACUCGACUUUGGUCUAGUAGGACGCACCGGUCAGGAUCUUGGUCUGUCAUGGCGACCGAACUCGGUCGCCAAGAAUGGCUGGAACGCAAUGAUCGGUGGGCUGGGCGCUGGUUCGAAAGAAGAGAAGAAGUCUAAGGAAGACGCAAGCGCGAAACCUCUGCUGCGAAUCCUACCUACCGGACCGGCGCAUCAGGUGUUGAGGAUGUUCAGGAAUCGGACGGUAUAUUCCAACGUGGUCAAUGACGGCAUCGUCCCGCUGCGUACGAGCUGUCUGCUGUUCUUGGACUGGAGAGGACUGGGUAAGGUGGAAAAGGCACGCCGCGAAAACGGUCUUAUUGGCACCGUGGCUGAGUGGGGGUGGCAUGAGCUUACGGGCACCAAUGCAAGCACGAUCACGCCGAAUGUACUCGUGGAACGCUAUGGUGGCGAUGAUGAUGACGAUGACGAGCAUGCGGGUGAAGGCGAUACCGUACCACAACCAUCGGAGAACGAGACUGCCGAGGACAACCAGCGCUUGACUAAUAGAGUCAGUCACGAAGAGAACGAACAGGAAGUGCAGACCAGUAAUGGGACGAACGACACGACUAAUGGCAAGUCCUCGCAACAGGACAAGGGCGUGCUUGAUAGCUUUAUGGACCUUUUCCGGCCAAGCAUGCCCGAGCGUACAAAAACACCGUCGAAAGUACCUAAGAGGACAAGGACAACCAAAGCUCUCCACCGAGGUCAAACGAUCCACCACGGCGACGACGAGCUCCCAGAGGAGAUUGCAGAAGGCCAAGAGGGCACGACUAGUAACCCUACCAUGCGACCUCACCUUCAUCAGCACCACACGGGUCAGGUAGUAACGCAGCCUAAGCGGCCGAUGGCCUCCCGCGGCGACAGCAUAACUGGUAACGAGAAUGGCGAGCUGCAAGCGCCACCCAAGACGUCGAUCUUUGAGUCCGCAGGCGAUAUUUUACACCCACCGCUGCCGAGCAGGCAAUGGAUCACAGAUCCUAGCAGUCGCGCGCGGACAAUCUUUCACGAUCGUGUCUAUCAUCCCGAGGACAUCCCUCCGCCUCCCAUGAAGAGACCAGCCUCAAACCUUCUGCGACGCUUCUCAAGCGAUAGCAGCGUGAAGAAGCUGGACACAGCAUCGACGACCUCUGACGUCACAAGCGACUCCGUUGACGCCGGAGGUAUGAAGGUCGAAGAGAAGAUUGCGCGCGCGUACCACAAGGACCUCAGCUGGCGCAAAGUGCUCGUCCGCCUCGAGCCCGACGCCCACAACAAUAUGAUCGUGCGGCGCAUGUUUGCCAACGCCUACGGCUGGCCUGUCAUCAAACAUCUCUGCGACACUCACUUUGCGGACACAUGGACAGCCAGAACCCGCGACGAGGAGGAGCCGGCGCAGGAGCGUGCUCAG